AUGACGCCUGGCCCAAUGGACUCAGUAACGACCGCUGACAUCCCACCACAAUUCCUGAAGGCGGCGUUCCUUGUCGGCCACGUGCCCUUUACAGCUCUCAAAACGGAUCCGCGCAUCUCAUAUGCGCUUUAUAUCCCACCUCAGCACUACGAUGCUCUAGGCAAGAUCAAGCUACCACUUCUGGUCUUCGUUCACGGCACCGGUAGAAACACAAGCCCCCUGUACGCAGAAUGGCGUGCUUUCGCAGACGAUAAUCUUUGCGCAGUCUUGGUACCGCUGUUCCCAGCAGGGCUUGAAGGUCCCGUCGAUUUAGAUUCCUACAAGCUCUCCAAGGCUUCAGAUCUGCGUUCGGAUCUUGCGCUCCUAAGCAUGCUAGACAUUGUCGGACAUCGCUGGCCCGGCAUUGAUACGGCCAAGAUAUUUCUUCUAGGCUUCUCUGGCGGAGGUCAAUUUGCGCACAGAUUCGCCUAUCUGCAUCCUGAACGCUUACUGGGUGUCAGUGUCGGUGCGCCAGGGUCUGUGACGCUACUUGACGACCGACUGGGCUGGCCAAAGGGCAUCGCGGAUGCUCAGAACCUGUUGCAGAAGCGCAUCGACAUACCAGCUUUGACGAAAGUGCUCUUCCAGCUUGCAGUCGGUGCUGAAGACGACCAGCCAUAUGGCGGUGGAGAGUUUUCGCAGUGGCUGCGUGGAUUCGCGCACGCGAAGAUGACUUCUCAAACAGCUAAGAGGGUUGCAGCUGUACCACAGAAUAGGCUUGAGACCGCUCACGACCUGCAGCGCAGCCUACUGGAGCGCGGUGUCUCUGUGCAGAUGGAUGUUGUCGACCGCGCAGCACAUGAUUCCAGGGCGGUGUAUCCAGCCAUGCUUCGAUUCAUACAAUCAUGCCUCCAGCGGAGACGUACAGCCGAUAAUGCACACGGUUAA